UGGAUCUUUACAACAGUCGCAGGAUGAUCAAGCCUUGCAACAAAGGGCAAGCAAGCCUUUGAAAACCCCCGUUGGUCCCCAUCUGCCGCCUCCGAGAUGAUGCUUGUAUUUCAUGGAUCGUAGAAUGGUUGAGCGUUGGAGUAGGUCUUGGCAACUCAGCCCCAUGCUGAUUUGGUCGCUCUUGGUUUCAUUAUGCCUCAAGAUGUCGUAUCUUACAGAUAUGAAUGUCGGACUGCGUCUUGUCGAGUAUGAGCAAAACGGUAUAGGUUCCAUGUCCUCCAACGCUCUGGAAGUUCUCCAGAAAAUGAAUACGAGAUCCUUCGACGAAGACCGCCAAGAACGUCCAAGGAUGCCACUCGCGUCAUGUCCGCGAAUGGCGGAACGUGUGCCGAACCAAUCGAACUAAAUAAUCGAUUCAUCAAUUCGCAAUUCUCACCCUAAUAUAUCACAACACACUACGUUCGACGUCGCGAGAUUCAGGAGCUGGUCAACUCAUAUACCAGUAUUCGAGCG